ACCAUAAUUCAGGCUUUGGCGGACAAACAACCCCCGCAGAGCGCCGUGAAGGACACCGAGGACGAAGAGAAACCCGAUAAAACCCGCCUUAAAACACGGAAACAACAUCAACCCAAGCGGCGUUUUUCCUUUCUCCACGACCCCCCGGGAGCAGCUCCUCCGCGGAGGAACACCGGGCCGCGUCGCGCCCCCAGAUCCGUGCUCCUCCGCGGCCUCCAUCUUCUCUGCUCAGCGCGGCUCCGCGCCUCACGUGUCCGGCUCUCCCCCCUCACAUGACCCGCGUGUUUGUCCCCGUGACCAGCGCGUCCGUCCCCGGGAACCCGUGAGCUCGGAGCCCCGGCGGGCGGCCCCCCCAGGAGGCUCCAUGGAGAUGCUGGACCAGGGUCUGGACGGCUCGGCCAGCCACGAGAAGCCGGAGACGGAGGAGGUGGUGCAGCUGACGGAAGGGGAGGCGGAUGAGCAGACCGCCGUGGCCAUCGCCGGCGUCCCGCAAGCCACCUUCGCCGAACACGGCGUGCAGUACCAGUUCCGCACGGAGAACAGCGGCGGACAGGUGACCUAUCGGGUGGUUCAGGUGACCAACGACCACCUGGAGGCGGCGGGUGACGAGGCCGGAGCCGUCAGCGUCGUGUCCACCGCGGCGUUCGCCGGAGCCCCUCAGGCCGUGGCCCAGGCCGUCAUCCAGAACCCGUUCAGCAACGGUGGCAGUCCGAGCGGAGAGACGGCGGGAGGAGAAACCCGCUUCGCUUACUUCCCCGCCACUGCCGUCAGCGAUGGAACGGCGGUGUCGGUGCAAGCAGCGGCUGCCGCCGACCCAGCGAUCGCCCAGGCAGGAGGCCAGUUCUACGUGAUGAUGAGCCCCCCCGAGGUGCUGCAGACCACCAACGCGCGGAGCAUCGCGCCGCGCACGCACACCUACACCACAGACCUCGAGGAAGGCAAGAUGUUGCAGCAUGGCAGCUCAGACUGGAAGGUGGAGGGUCCGCGGCCCCCCCGGGACGAGAGGCGGCGAGCGCAACACAACGAAGUGGAGAGAAGAAGACGAGACAAGAUCAACAACUGGAUCGUCACGCUGUCGAAGCUCAUCCCCGACUGCACGGUGGACAGCCGGAUCGGAGCGAGCAAGGGAGGCAUCCUGUCCAAGGCCUGCGACUACAUCCGGGAGCUGCGGCAGAGCAACCAGCGGCUGCAGGACGGCUACAAGGACGCGGAGCGGGUGGAGAUGGACAACGAGCUGCUCCGGCAACAGAUCGAAGAGCUCAAGAACGACAACGCGCUGCUCCGGGCGCAGCUGCAGCAGCACGGCGUGGAGGUGGCCGGCGACGCCACGCCGCAGUGACGGCGGGCCGCCGCGGUGUCACCAGCAAGCACAGCGUCGCACCCCCCCACCCCGGACCCGGGGCAGGAACCACGGGGCGACGCCCACCUGAGACGGGGAGGGGGGCACACGGACGAGGAGGUGGCGUGGAG